UUAUCACUCCCCGGCAUUCCGCUCAUCCAACUUCCCAUCCUCCUCUCCAGAGUCCAGUAUCACUUCCCCAGAUCUUCAAACCCCAGUUGUCCCGGUGGAGCAAAAGCUCACUCCUGAUAUCGGCAAUGCAAAUGGAAAGCUCGCUCCGCAACCUUCUCCAUUCCAGCGAGCCUGCUUAUGAUUCCUCGUCUCUCCAUACUGGCCAUUUGCCGGCAACCAUCCAGCAAAAUGGCCCUUUUAUCGGCACAAUGGAGGCUGAAAACGUCCUGAACGACUCCCGGAAGCGUCCUGCCACGCGGAUAAAGUCGUCCUAUCCGCGAAAAAGAGCCAUCCAAGCCUGCCAGAAGUGCAGGGUUCGCCGAACAAAAUGCAAUAACGCUCGGCCGACCUGUUCUUCCUGCUUGUCGAUUGGCGCCGAGUGCACAUAUAGCGAAGGAGAUCAUUCUACGUAUGUCUGUGCGGCGGCACAUCUUCGGACGUGCUAGAUGAUGACGACCCUCUUCUGACCGUCGCAGCUUCGAUUCCGCGAGUCUGGCAAUUUUGGACAAGUUGAACACCAUCGAGGAGCUUCUGAGAACGCCCAAUGCCCGGGCCCAGGUCGUCCCCUCAGCCCCCAGCAAUGCGGCCGACAGCCCCAGUCGUGGAGUCUUGUCCCGGCUAAAAUCGCUGAAUUCACCCAGUCUCGAGAGGUCCAAGGAUGCCGCCCCUUGUCACAUGAACAUUGAAGGAGUCCUGUCGUGGUCUGUCUUUGAUGAUGUUAGUCCUAACCUGGACCUGAAAGGACUUCUCAACUCCAGUCAUGGCGCCUCACAAAACCUGUCAAUCGUGUCGGACUUUGAUGAACAUGUCGCAGAAGAGGAGCUAGUGGCAAGGUUCAUGAACAAUGUCUUCAUCUACAAUCCGGUCUUGGAGGAAGCCAAGAUUCAUCGAUACAUGCGUGAUGCUCGCUUCAAUGGCAUCGGGUGGGAUGCACAGUCUUGCUUACUGCUCCUGAUAUAUGCUCACGGCUCGAUUGUUGGGCCUUUUGACGGUGGACAACAGCAAGAUGCCUCGUCAUUCCGGUCGUCUCCGCAAUUCAAGCAGGCAGAGUCCUACUUCUCCGCCGCCCAGAAAAGGAUGGGUCACCUUCUCUGCCGAACAGGUGUGUUGGAAGCGCAAUGUUUCUUCCUCGCAGGAGUGUAUUUGAUGGCAACACUACGUCCAAUGGAGGCGUGGAAAAUGUUUGUCCAGGCUCUCGCCUGCUGCCAAGCGUUCUACACGGAGAAGGAGUCCCCAGAGGCCGACAGGGAAGGGGAACAGCGUCUGCGGGAAAGCAUCUACUGGACUUGCUUCAAAUCCGAACUCGAACUCCGCCUCGAACUGAACGUUUCCGAGACCUCGAUCUGGGACCUCACCUACCCGGCCUUCUUUCCAUCUCCGCCCGAGGGUCUCCGAUCCCAACGAGAAAUAGUGUGGUAUUUUUAUCUUGCCGAAAUCGCCCUUCGACGGCUCGGCAACAGGAUUCUCAACUUCAUCUAUGAUAGCAAAGCCACGAGUUCCCUAUCGAAUGCAGCCGAGUCGACCAUUGGAUUCGAACAACAAGCCGCAGACUGGAUCCGAUCGCUGCCGCAAGCACUCGACCUCGAGGCGCCAUCGGUCGGGGAGGAGAGUGACUUGCACCACUCGCUCAAAUUCAUCCUGAAAGGCCACCUUCUCGACUGCUACGAAAUGAUGUAUUGGCCCUUUAUUGUCGCGGCGGUGAACUACGAGACUCCCGAAAGGACGCCGACGAUCUCGACCGAGUCGAUGGACUCGUUCGUGCACAAGGCGCUGGUCGUUUGUGUGGAGAGGAUCGAAAAGAAUGAACAGGGCUUUUUCUAUCGCCACCACGGGACUUGGCUGAUGCUGCGGUCCUGCACGAGGAGUGCACUUGUUCUUCUCGGGGCAGCCAGACUGGAAAAACUAACACUUUUAAUGCCAGAUCGCUGGCGAGAAGCGGUGGAAAAGGUGAUCGAGAUGUUGAGAUUCUGGAGGCGGGAGAGCAGAGACGUUGAAGACCGGCUGCGAGUCGUGGAGACGCUGCUUGCCGGUCUGACGUUCAACGAUUCACGUGCAUUGUGAGCGCAGUUGUGCAAUAUUUCAGUUUUGUUCAUGAUACCAUCAUAAGUCUGGCGCUGUUGCAUUAUACAUAUCCAUCAUGGCAUGACGAGGUAACCAAAAAUGCAUCGCCUGAAAUGCGGGUUGGCGGAACCACGUUCAAGCAUCCACCUCUCGAACCUUGUAUUCGAACAUUCCAUUGGAC